CGCUUUCUCUACACCCACCUGACCUGUUGUCACCGCCGAGGCUGGAUCGUAGUCUCCCCACCACCACGUGUACGUACCCCACCCCCGACACCACACGGGCACCGUCGCUUAUCUAUCUCGUAAAAUAAUCCCCCGGUCUCCGACCCGAGCAGUAGUCAGCUUUUGUUGCCAUUUCGCUCCAGCCGCGGGCGACACACCCCAAAGGAAAGAAAACGAAGAAGAAGCUUCGCUAGCUCGAUCGAUCCCGCAGCCGUUUGUCCGCCACCAAAUACAGUAGAAUGGAGGUGGGCAGCGCGCUGGCCACGGUGCUCUUCGCCGCCUUCUCGCUCCCCUGCCUCCUCCUACUCGUCGUGGCCGCCGAGGCCGCGCUCCGCCUCGCCUCCCUCGCGCUCCGCGGCGACGGCUCCUCCUCCUCCUCCUCCUACGCCUGGCCCUCGCGCACCGCCUUCCUCGGCUACCGCAUCUCGCGCCCCUCCUCGUCCGCCGCCAACGCCGGCAGCGGCGCCUUCCACUUCCAGGACGAGCUGCUCCUGCCGCCCGAGUGCCUCGACCACCUGGCCGUCGCGGCGUACCGCGGCGGCGGCGGCGAUAAUGGGGGCGCGGCGGAGGUGGACUGCGUGUUCUGCCUGUCGCGGAUCGAGGAAGGCGACGAGGUGCGGGAGCUCCGGUGCCGCCACGUGUUCCACCGGGCGUGCCUCGACGCCUGGCUCCUGAUCCGCCCGCGCGCCACGUGCCCGCUCUGCCGCGACCGCCUCCUCCCCGCCGACACUCCCCGCGCCUGCAGCGCCAGCGACGACAGCGACGGCAGCCCCCUCGACGACGACGACGAGAUCUACCCCGAGGACGACGACGACGCCUUCGCCAUCUCUUCCUCGUCCAACGCCGCCGCCGCCUCCUACCACCACCACGGCGCCGCCCUAUGGCACACGUAAUAAUUGUAAGAGAUAUAGCCCAGCACCAAUGCCAUUUCACUCCUGCUCCGCUUGCUCCAAUUUUGCUACGCGAGAGGCAGAGUGUUCUUUUUCUCUUCUUCCUUUUUUUAACUUGUUAUAUCUUUUUCGCUCGGUUUAUAAUUAAGUUGAGUAAGUUGAUCUCUGCAGUAUGUCUCUCGAAAAAGUUGAUGUAUAGGUAGGUGGUUCCUGUUGCUGUCCUCCUUUCUUUCGAUCGCUUGCGGGUAAAUAAUGCUCGCCUGAUUGCUUUCCUGGAUACUGAUGGCUCAACUGCCUCUCUUAAUUUCACUCUUUCAAUCAUGGCAUUGCCAGUGCCCUUUAAUUGUACUGCAAUUUAUAUCUAUCUUCCAGAAGACUAUGA